AUGGAACCGUCGAGCAGGGAUCUCAGCAGCAACAAAUUCAUGGGCGAGAUCACCGGCCUGCCCACUACGCUCGUCCACGUGUGCGUGCCUCCCUCCUCUCCUCCCACUUCUCACGUCUUCUCUACUUGCUUUCUGCAGCCUUAUCUAUCGCUCUCUCUUCCCCACUUAACCGUUUUCCUCCGUCUCUUUUUCCGUCCUUCUCCUCUGCCUUCUCCAUCUUCCUCGCUUGCAUCACCACGUUAUUCACCUCCUGCUACUGCCUCUCAUAUUGGCCUUACCCGCCUGUCCCAACUGUGUUCCUGCACGUGCGUGACUCUCUUCCUCCCUCCCCUCCUUCCUGGAUCCCCCUCUCCUUCCCCCCUCCCUCCCCGCUCCUCCCCAUCUGCCCCCCCCUUCCUCCUCUCCGCUCCUCCCUAUUCCCCACCCCCUUCCCCAGGAACUUACAGUAUCAACAAGUUCACGGAGCUCUACAACCAGAACGUGCAGUACAACAAGUUCACAGGGCCCAUCCCUGCCAACCUCACCACCCUCACCAAGCUCACCUACCUCAACAUGAAGUCCAACCAAUUCUCCGGUGCCCUCCCGCCUGCCCUGGGCAAUCUCGCCAACCUGGAGAUCCUCGACAUGAACACAAAUAAUUUCACAGGCGGCCUUCCCACAAGCAUCUCUAGCCUCGCCAAGCUCUCUACCCUUGAUUUGAGUUACAACAAUCUCAGCGGCCCUCUUCCUUCCACUCUUGGCGCCCUGUCUGCUCUUGUGGCCCUCGAGCUCAACGGCAACCGCUUCUCAGGCUCCAUCCCCCCUUCGCUCUUUACCCUCACCAAAGUCACCAUCCUGGGCAUGAGGAGUAACGCGCUCACAGGCAGCAUCCCAGCCAGCAUUGGCUCCCUUGCAUCGAUCCUCGUCCUCGAUCUGAGUGAGAACUCGCUCACGGGCACCGUGCCAGCGGUCAUGGGCAAGCUAGCCAAGCUUGACGAGAUCAAUGUGAACUCCACGGGCCCGUCCAAGGUGCUGUGUGCGGCAGCAGGGGUGUGUGAGGUCAACCAGGUCGCCUCCUCUGCCUUCUGUCAGAAGUGCUCCACCUUCUGCAAAGUCUGCACGCCCCCUGGAAAGAACACUAACCCCACCGCGGUGCCAACCCCUGUUGUUCCUGUUCCUCCUGUUCCUGCUCCGACCGCCGCUCCCCCAGGCGCCUCUCCCCCCGCGCCUGCUCCUUCCCCCACUACAGCUGCACCACCGCCUGCUCCUGUCACAGCUUCCCCUCCCGCCCUCAGUGCCUCUCCUCCUCCCCUCCCUAAGUUUGACCCUCCUCCCAAGUUUGACCCUCCUCCCAAGUUUGACCCUCCUGCACCUGGCGCACCUGCCGCCACGGUGCCUUCUCCUCCGCCUCCCAAAGCUGGAGCUAUUUAUGGUGUUGGCGUUGGCACGCUGCUGGCCUCCCUGGUGUCAGCGAUGGCGCUGAACUUGAUGCUGUAG